GAUAUAUACAUAAAAAGAAAAAUAAAUCAUAUAACAAAAAACCAAUAAUACUUUCUAAGGAAAAAUCGUUAAACCUCUAUGCUGAAGUUUUGCAAAUUAUUGCCUAUGAUGAUUUAAAGAAAAUAUAAAAGGAGUAAAUUGUUUUAAAAAUUAACAAAACGUAGGGGCCUUAACCACUGAUGCAUUGUUCCAAUAUUUGUAAGAGCCUGGUGGUAUGUAGCCGCAUGGGGACAACGAAUUCAGCCACCCUCUUAUGCAGCGAUAAAAUUUGAUGUUAAUGCAUUGCCAACGUCCACUUCAAUCAUAUAUCUACUCGCAUAGCGGGGGAAAGGAUUUCCUCACAACUGCUAGAGGUAAGAAUACAACAGGUCAAAGUUCAUCAGAUCAUGAAAAGCGAAGCGUAGUAAAUGUGGUCGUGUGUCAUAUUCGACCGCAGUCGGGCGCUAAGUCUGUGUUUUUGCUUUAUAUGUGUACACCACAAUGAAACUAAGCGUAAGUGCGUACCGCGCACACGCAUCGGCUCACAAGAAAAUAUUGUCGAGCGGUUAUCACUCACAACUGAACUACGGCAGUACCGGGGCAGCGGCCUCAUCGUCGACAGCCUCAUCGGCCGGUUUAUAUGCGAUUGAAACUAGCGAAGUUCCGAUUACAUUUCCUCAAACAAUGAAUCAAGCGGAUUGUAAUAACAGUGACUCGGAUGUGAUUAGUCCCACUGGCACCAGCAGUUCGGGACAUGAUCAUGUUCGUGUCGAUAAUAAACGCCGAUCAAAGCGACGGGACGAUGACCAGAACAGUAACGCUCAUUCCUCUGAUAGUAAAAGUCCGAGUCAGAGGAAAUCACGUAUCGGAGAUGGAACUUCGGAUCCAGAAUCCGAUUGGACACGUUCAAAUCAACGAUGGAUGAAGCUUCGAACAACAGUUCAAAUAUCAUCUGCAAUGCAGAAAAAGCCACCGCUGAAAAGGGAAGACUCAUUUCUCAAACGAUUCUCCACACGACAAAUACCUGAAGCUCAGGAAACCGUAGAAGACACAGGGUCCGAAAGUGCCUCUGGAGACGUUGAUAAAACUGUGAAAAGGCGAAGACGUUACCUUCAAAAGCGACGUUCCGUUGUUAAUCCCGAUGAAAAUUUCCAUUUCUACUGGUUAAUGGUGUUGACAAUUUGUGUUUUGUACAAUUUAUGGACGCUUAUUGUUCGUCAAAGUUUCCCCGAGCUGCAGCAAGCGGUUCCGACAUUUUGGUUUUUAUGUGAUAGCGUAACAGAUGUGGUAUUUGUUAUUGACAUUAUCGUCCAGUUGAGAACUGGAUAUUUGGAACAAGGUCUCAUGGUUUACGAUGACAAGAAAUUGGCUAGCCAUUAUAUACAUUCUAGAAAUUUUGUAUUGGACAUGAUCUCGCUGGUUCCGUUUGAUCUGCUGCAGCUGCGAAUGGGUCCUCAGCCAUUGUUACGUUUUACUCGCUUCUUUAAGGUUUAUAGAUCUGUUCGUUUUUACUAUAUUGUUGAAAGUAGAACUGUUUGGCCAAAUUUAUGGCGUGUUGUUAACCUAAUUCAUAUCCUGUUGAUACUGGCCCAUUGGUUCGGUUGUUUCUAUUAUUUAUUAUCCGAAGCAGAAGGCUUCCAGGGUGACUGGGUUUACCCAUACCGUCCGGGAGAUUAUGCUACAUUGACUCGAAAAUAUUUGGGAAGUUUGUAUUGGUCAACUCUUACCUUGACCACAAUUGGUGAUUUGCCAACACCGGAGACAAAUGCAGAACCAAAUUUUUCGGUGGACGGCCCAAGAUCGAUCCCGAGGCGCGGAAUCAAAUCCAGAUUACUUCAGUUUGGUUCAAGCUAUGGAUAUGUCUUCACCAUAGUGAGUUAUUUAAUUGGUGUUUUUAUCUUUGCCACCAUUGUCGGCCAAGUUGGCAAUGUGAUUACCAACCGAAACGCAAAUCGCCUCGAAUUUGAAAGGCUGCUGGAUGGAGCAAAAACCUACAUGAGACACCAUAAGGUGCCUGGUGGUAUGAAGCGGCGAGUUCUUCGUUGGUACGACUACAGUUGGUCCAGAGGUCGCAUCCAAGGUGGUGGCGACAUAAAUACAGCCCUUGGCCUUUUACCAGAUAAACUGAAGACGGAAUUGGCAUUGCACGUAAAUUUGAGUGUUUUAAAAAAAGUCACCAUUUUUCAAGAAUGCCAACCAGAAUUCCUGCACGACCUGGUGCUAAAAAUGAAGGCGUAUAUCUUCACUCCUGGAGAUUCAAUAUGUCGCAAAGGCGAAGUGGCUAGAGAAAUGUUCAUAAUAGCAGACGGCAUCUUGGAAGUGUUGAGCGAAACGGGCAAAGUGUUGACAACCAUGAAGGCGGGUGAUUUUUUCGGCGAAAUCGGAAUAUUAAACUUAGAUGGCCUUAACAAACGAACUGCAGAUGUUCGAUCGGUAGGGUAUUCCGAGCUUUUUUCCCUAUCCCGUGAAGAUGUAUUGGCGGCUAUGAAAGACUACCCAGAGGCUCAAGAAAUACUUCAAACGCUGGGAAGAAAACGUCUAAUGGAAGUCAGAUGUGUUAAUAAGAAACACGCCAAAGCCAAGGCGGACAAGGAUGCAGCCAAUCACCAAGGACAUCACCACAGCCAUAGCCACCAUGUUAAUCACAGUGAUAGUAGCGAAAAUAGUGCCUCAAAGAAGAUUGUCGAUAAAUUGAGACAUGAUGUCAAAGGAUUCCGAAGUGUACUUAAAAAAACCAGAACAUCACGAAGAAGUGAUGAGUCAUUGGAAAUGCAGCCGCUACACAACACAUCCCCUAAAAAUGGAAAAACCAUGCUGAAACGUAUGUCCCGAGUGCGAUCCGAUGAAAAGGAAGAGUCGGCGGAUGUGAAGGCCGAAUUGCACGAUAAAACUCCCAGUCCCAUUGGGGCCGGGUUGCCGCUGUUGCAAAGACUGCGUUUACUCAAAGAGAAACAGGAUCGCGAAGAGCGAGCUGUUAAGUCUACACCACCACAGAAAUCUCCACCUAACUCACAUGUAACCUGUACGUUAUCACCACAGGAAUCGAUACAGGAGGAACCCGAGAGGGAGAUCAACGAGGGGUUGCCAUUGAUUCAACGCUUGCAGCAACUAAAGAUCAAAAACGAUCCUCCUGCUGCCCAGGGCACCGACCCCUCUCCACCGAUCAUGUCGGUAGGUGAAAUUAUAAAAAAAGUAGAAAACAUAUCGAUUGCAAGUAGCAGCCAUAGCAACACGGCGCCGACGUCUCUGGCAGUAGCCCAAAUAAAACCGAUGAUGAAGGUGUCAUUUAGACAAAGGAUACAAAAACUACAAGAGGCGGCAGAGAGUUCAAGUGGCAACGGCACCAAAAUACCACAAACUCAAAGCACAGAACCCAGUGAAAAACUGGCUACGACUGCGUCAGCCUCCAAUGGAGGUGUAAAGAAGGAACCACCCAAAUCAUUAGCUGUUUUGAAAAGUGUUGAAGCAGAAACGCCUAUGGCCGAGAGAGGGAAUAGUGAUGGGUCCAAUGCAUCGCACAAACAAAUUUCCACCAUUUCAAGUCAAAUCAUCAAACCGUCCACAGCAACAUCCUCAAUUGUAUCCGAUACAGAUACACCUAUUAAACCAUGGUCCAAGCUUAAGUUGGCGACAAUGAUUUCGUCCAGUUAUACCAGUUUAGCCACAUCAAACACAUCCUCAGACGACAUAUUUUCUCCAUUGAAAAACAACUCCGAUGGCAAUAUUCCACGACAGAUAUCGAAAGAAGGACAGCCUCAGAAGGCAUCAAAAGCCCCACCUGUGCCUGCGAGGAAAAGGGGUUAUCGUCAAGACGCCAUGGGCCAAUCGUCAAAAAUUUCUGAUAAGUGCAAACAGGUUAACUCAGGCAAUGGGAACACUGACGCAAACGCCACCAGAUCGAAACUUUAUCAAUCUGUAUUCGACUUAUCACCCGAAUACAACGGAUUGCCUUUUGUGAAACGUCUCAAAAUUCUCAACGAAAGGCAAAAACUUGCCGAGCUAGAGAGCGCCCUUCAAACCCGUAGCUUCAGCUUGGACAGUUCCAAAACAACCAGCUGUGUUCCCAUGCCUGAAGCACUGUACCGUUGCCAUAGCGAUACGGCGGGCAUAAAUUCGCAAUUUGUAUCAGUGUACGAGUCAAGUUCCACGACAUCGACCAACACAUCCGCGUCGCAGACCCCCAAGGGUGUCCCAUCCACACAGUACCACAGACAACAUCAUUUAGAUUCGGUGCAACACGAUUAUGCCCCCCUCAGUCCAGAGUCCAAUGAAACAUUCGAGAGGAGAAAACUAAAAAGCAUCCUCAAGAAAUUCAGUCACGAACGACAACACCGACGAUCGCCGACAGGGACUGGCUGUGAUGCGCCCACAGACUCGCAACCGCAACACAGGAGUCUCUCAAUGGAGCCCACAGUGGAAGGCCCUCCCAGCAAUGCUGGCAGUCUGCAAGAGGAUCCCACAUACACCGAAAAGCCUUUACAUACCCACAUAUUGACACCGACCGCCGUGUCCUGUGCACUUUAUGGCGAUCCGCUGAUGUCACCACCCGAUCUCAUACGUGCCGAAUCAAUUACCACGUGUACCUCAGCCAACGUCUCUCAGACAUUUCAAAUGAAUAGUAGUAGCACCCUUACCAUGUACCCCACAAACGUUUACCCGCUUGCCGAUUCAAAUCACACCACAUGCCAGACCCAUGCCCCAUCGUUGACAGGGUUUUCCGAAGGCCACGACUGCUUUAGCCAGAUUUUGUGUGGCAUCGACAGCGUUAUACGAAAACAUGUCAGCGAUAUGCAUUCAAAGUUUGAAUCUCAAUUCUCAAGCAUGGCUCUGGAGGUAGAGAAAAGGGACGCCCUGAUUGCUCAUCUUCAGUCGAAGGUCAGAACGUUGGAAUUGAGCGCGUUGUCUACUUCGCGUAGGAAACAACAUCGCGAGAAAACCAGUGGGAAGAUAUGUUCUGCUGCGAAAGAAGUUGACGAAGAGAAUGAUGCCAAUGCCGAAGACGAUUGUAGCUCGGGUUCAUCGGCCGAAUUGCUCUUUAUGCGCGGCGAUUCCCUGGACACAGUGUUCACUUCCUCCCCACCUACGCAAUCCAAACGCCACUAUACUUGUUCGCCGAACACCAGUUGGAAUCGUGAAGAUUUCUCCUACGACUACAGUCCAUAUGCUAAAACAGGCAAUGGUAGCAAGGCGAAAAACGGCAAAAGCAAGACCACAAAUCAAGUCGAAUUGGUUGCUAACAUGGCGGGCAAUCUAACACGGCUGGGGGACAGUGUUAUUCUGGACAUUGGAGAGAGCAGUUCGAGUUCCAGUUCGUCGGAGGAGAAACUGCACUUGGACGAGGAAGUUGAAGAAAACGAUGGUAACGAUGACAACGACAGUUCUGACAAACAGGUACAUCACAAUGAUUGGGAGGUUCGGAUGUUGGCAGCUGAAAUGGAGAAACAGGAAAGAAAACGAGGGCUUUCACUCAGCGAACACUCAGCUCUGCCCAACAGUAAAAUGGGCAGCUCGUUUCUGCGAAGGCGAAGAAAGCUGAGCGACACCGAAACGGAAUGCAGCGAAACCGAAGUCGAACAAACACCAACCCAUUCCCGACCUCGUGCCUCCAGCCUUGACCAGUUCAAUAUGAGGUACGGCAUCGGCCGCAGCGGCAUCUUCAAGGCCAUGAGCAUCGAUCGUGAUAAAGACAAACUUUGAAAAUUAGUUAAAUACACAAAAACCCGAUCUUAUGUUAAUAGUAUUUUAGUCAGUAAAUUAAAGCAAUUUCACAGUAUUGAAACGUACAAUUACAUUCUAGUUUAAACUACCAAAACCAAAUACUAAGGUACAUUCGUACAUACGUACAUAACUAGCUUUACGACCAACAAACGAGCGCAAUAACGCCAAUAGCAUUUAAUAAUCGUAUUAAGGGACCACAGUGCCCAGCGUCCUAAGUCCCGCCCUCGGUCGCGACACCAAGUGCACAGACAGCCGAAUGCUCGGGUUCUCGCUGAAACCGAAAAGUACAAUUCACGACUACCAGUCACCGCCACUGUGUCCCCUUAACAGGCUAAGAACUACACUUGGUUUUGACGCGGUGCCAACGAAUGUCCCCGACAAGUCUUCAUUCCAGAUGGCGUCCAAUGGGAGGAGGCGAUCGAUCGAUGGUCCAGUGUCAGAUGGUAAAUGAAAACCAAAUGUCUGUCAAACAUGUAAAUACCUCUUUAAAAUAAUAAGAUAACGGCCUAUAUUUUUAAGGAUACUACUUUAGAAUAAUGAAAUCUGAAAGCUUUAAUAACUUAUAUAGAUUUAUUGAAUAUGUAUUAUUGAAACACACAAACACACACACACACCCACAUAAACAUAUGUAAUUGUUUUCAGACCCGACCACCUUUCCAUUUCACAACAACAAAAACCAACCAACUUCACCUAAUGUAGAUAAUUUGUAAAUUGCUUCGUAAUACACCAUCACUUUAUGGGUACCAUUUCACGUUUCUCAAAAUCCGUUUCUUUUUGUCUUUGUGUAUGUUUUAAGUCUUGCAAUAGCUUUUUUUCCUCUUCUGGUAUAAUUGUUCAACACCUUCAAAAAAGUAACUCUGAUCUUUUUCGAAAAAAAAAAACAUAACACCUGGAGUCCGUUUCCAAAACACGAAACAACUAACGUUGAAAUAAGCAUUUUUUUAAAGGAGAUUACAUUACAAUACAUUGAAAAGGCCACAUACAAACUUGGCAAAGUUUAGAAUCUAACGAUUUCUUAAAACUUUUAUGGUAUAUGCAAAAAAGUCACAACUCAAUAUUGAGUUAUCGUAGCGAGUCGAUCUUAUUAUUGACAUUAUUCUUAUUAUUGGCACAUUAUAAUGACAUAGACCAAAAAAGGUUUAAGCGAACAAAUACUUGUAAACUAUAAAAUUAACAAGUUUGAAUCGGACAUUACAACAUUCAACAAAAUUAUGCAAUACAAUCCUCAAAGUUUUACCAAAACACUUCUUUGAAUAAUUCUUCUCUAUCUUAUAUGAGAUUUACUGAUACUGUGCUAGAAGGAGUGGACCGAUAUUGUUAAUUUUAGCAUGCUGCAUAGAGUUGGUACAAGAAGGGAGUUUUCAUUCGUAAAAUGUGAUUUACAUAAGUAUUAUCUAUUUGCGAGCCUAAGCUAAGACUAAAAUCAGAUUCUCCCUUCGCCCUCUAUCAGCCAUACAGAUAUCAAUUUUACAAUACACCAUAUACUUUUCAACAAAUAUUGCUCGUUCAUAUUCAAAAUUGUUGAACCGCUUGAACAAUUUAAACAUAUCUAUUUUCAUAAAACUCCACACUAAUGGGCUGUUUUGAACAUUGGUCAACCACACUUAACUUUGGCAAUGGUGAACAAUUAUGCCAAUAUUCUAAAAACUGUUUUCUGUCAAACUACACUCUGUAUUUAAAAUAACAGCUGAUAUAACCAACAGAAGAUAAUGGAGAUGCCUGUGCACGUCACUUCUCUACAUCUUGGCUAGGGUAUUUAAAGUGACUUAACUUUUAUAAAAGUCGAAAAUUAAUCCGUUCAUAAAUGAAAAUCAAGUGAUUUUAUUUUUUAAUUAAGCAAAUUAAAUAUAUAUGUAUAUAUAUAAAAUACAUAUUUGUGUAGCAUACAAAUAUAUGGAUAAAUAUGCCUUUUACACGUUCGUACAUGUUUCGAUCUUAAAUCCUCUACAUUUCACUUUUACAUGUGUGUGCGUGCAUUAUUGCAAUUUACUUUUUAUUUAGGAAUACAUCAGGGACCACGAACAAUUUAUAAUAUUUAUUUUUAUUUAUUAACAAUAUUCAUGGUUUAUUAUUAAUUGUAAUAGUUUUUUUACAUUAUAUUCUUAAAAUUUGAAGCUGGCACACACAAUGUAAUAUACUGAUAUGAAACCCUAAAAUAUAUAAGAUUUCUUCGCGGUUUUUGGGACAUUCAUAUUGCAGCACUUUCUAAUAAAUUUAUGUAAAUACCAGCAGCAGGUGCUUUUUAUUUUUAUAUAUUACACAAAACCAUAUAUGUAUGUGUACAAAGGAACUCUCAUUCAUGUAAAGUGUAAACAGGUGAUUGUAAACUCCGUAAAAAACUGUAAAAAAUUAAAAAUCAUAUUCAAUUGAUUGGGUUUGACUAAUUUUGUCAAGCGUUUUUAAAACUUCUAUUAGAUUAGCAAUAAGGAGAAGCACUUGAUAUAAAUUGCGCACUAUGAAUGAGGGAUUUCAUAAAACUAUCAUGGUAUUAUGUAAUUAUAUUUUUCAUAGAAGUUCUAUUUUUAAUGCAAAAGCGACGAAUAUGAAUGCCCCAAACUUUGUUCAAACUAUAUUUGUAAUAAAUAUCUCUAUUCUGUUAUUGAUCUAUAUGACAUACACAUUAUCGCUGUAAAAAUACGUUUACAGACACAUUUUUAUUCGGGUUAGCAGUAAUAACCCUGCAAGCAUUUGGAAGUGAGUAACUCACUCCCAUUUUAAGAUGCCACUUCUGUGACGCUUCUAAUCGUAAUAAAAACGAUAGUAUGUACAUUUACAAUAACAAAACUACUGUUGUCUGUUUUCUAUCGCCACGGAGUUACUACGUAGUGGCGUCAAGGAAGAUAAAAUAAGUUGUCGCAUGUGCAGAAACUAUUUUGUAACUUCUGUCGGAUGAAGCAUUGAUAGAUUACAAUUAUUAUAUGAGGAAUAUAAGACACUGUGACCCAGUGGUAAGCAUGCCAGCUUCGCUCUCGCAGAAAUGGCAUCUUAAAAAGGGAGUGAGUGACCCGCUUCCAAAUGCUUGCGGGGGAUCGACUAAUCACAAUACAUUUUACAAUGAAAAAAAUAGGUUCAAUUUAUUGUGGUUAUUGGUCAAUUAUUACUGUCGAUCGCUUCAAAAAAUAAGCAAGUAAACGCGCUCUAAAAGCUGAGCAUAUAAACGUGACCAUUAGACUUUACACUAUUCUCACAAAAUAAAAUGUGUAUUUUUUAAACUUUUUGAUGACAAAAAUAUUAAUACAUCCUUUUUUGAUUAAAUGAAGUAAAAAUAAUCCUAUUUUUACAAGUACGUCAAUUAUAUAAUGAAUACAUAUUUACAUAUAAACAUAUGUACUUGCAUACAAACGUAGUUAUAUUCAUUAAUAUACACAUACAUAUAUAAAUCAUUGAUGAUAACGAUCCCGAACCUCAAAGUUGUCAUUGUUCCACCGAAAAACUCAUAUUUCGGAACUUGUUUCAUUUUUAAUAAUUUGUUUUUUUUUUUUUUAAUAUAUGUAACUAUAUACAUAGUCGAGGCAGAAUUAGCAAGCAAAUGGCAACAAAUUCGGGCGGAUCGAACCUUUUUUUAUCCCUUAUCGAAUAUGUACCGUUAUAUGGGGACUAUAGAAAAACGAGGAUCAACGUGGACAAUUGUCGGUUGAAGGGUUGGUAUCUAUUACAAACCCAAUUUUAAACGCUUCCGUUGAAAAAUAUUACUAAAAUCAUCCAAAUAAAUACCUACGGGAAAACGUGGACUUAUGUAGACAAUGUUAUUUCAUGAACCCGUUAUGAACCAUAACUACCGAAAUAAAAAAUCUGUUGAAAAAGGUGGCUUGUGGUCAAAAUAUCGAAUAUCGUGAGUUUUUAGCUUUUUAUCUCCAUUCGUUCGGAAGAUAAUGUGAUUACAAUGUCUAACUUGACUAUUCCGAGGAAGUACUAUAAUCUUAAAAUUAAUUUUACAAUUUUUAGCAGCUCUACAGGCUCUGCUCCAGAACCUGCAAGAAUCUACAAGUUUUGCAAUUUUUUCACAAGUUAUUGUGAAGGAACGUGACGUUUCCAUUGAUAUCAAUUACACGUCAGACCCACUCAGAUAACUGAGCUACAGCCAAGGUCUCAUGAAUUUUAUUGUUUACAACGCAACGAAAAUCCCGAAAAAUGGAUAUUUAUUUGCAAUAUAGCCGACUUCAAUCUGGAAUAUGUGCCAUUUUACAAAAAAGUAACAACGGCCCAUUGAUUGAUUCGGGACAUAUAGUUACAUGGAUGUAGCCGAAAAUUUUAGAUGUACAACAAGUAAAAAAGCUGUAAGUUCGGCCGGGCGAACUUUAAAUACCCUCCACCAUUUGGUACAAAUUUGGCAAUUUCCAAAAAAAAAAAAAAAAUAAAAUCCGUUAAAAAUUCUGUUAAAAUCUUUAAAAUACCAAAUGCUUAUACGACGACGUGGACCUGAAGUAUCCAUUACGAACUUCACAUGCUAAAUAAUGUCGCUAACAUUAUCAAAAUACCGAAUAUCGGGGGUACGGUAUAUGGGGGCUAUACGAAGACGUGGACCUACAUGGCCCAUUUUCUGUUUUAUGCUGCAGUAUCUAUUACGAACUUCAAAUACCAAAUUUGGAACGAUUCCGUUAAAUAAUGUCGCUAGAAUCAUCAAAAUACCGAAUAUCGGGGGGUACCGUUAUAUGGGGGCUAUAUGAAGACGUGAACCUACAUGGCUCAUUUUUUUACUUAGGAUGUGGUAUCCAUUACGAACUUCAAAUACCAAAUUUGAAACGAUUCCGGUAAACAAUGUCGCUUAUAUAAUCAAAAUACCGAAUAUCGGGGGUACCGUUAUAUGGGGGCUACACGAAGACGUGGACCUGCACAGAUAAUUUUCUGUCUUAGGCUGUAGUAUCCAUUACGAAUCUCAAAUGCCAAAUUUGAAACAAUUCCGGUGAAUAAUGUCGCUAAAAUCAUCAAAAUACCGAAUAUAGGGAGGUACCGUUAAAUGGGGGCUAUAUGAUAACUUGGACCUACAUAUGAUAACAUGAACCCAUUUACGAACUUAACCUGCCUACUGGCAAAAUAUACAUGUGUGCAAAAUUUUAGCCUUCUAUCUCAAUUUGUUCGAAAGAUAGCGUGAUUACAACAGACAGACGGACAUGGCUAAAUCGUCUUGAUUUUUUUGUACACUCCGUCGAAUUCUAGGUGGACUUGUUUCAAUUUUUGAUGUACAAUGCGUAUAGCAAUUCAUGCGCUUAACUUCUAUCGUAAAUAUAGGGUUAUGGUUAGUAACAACAAAUACGUAAGAUCCUUAACAAAAAAUUGUUUGGCUAAGUCAUCAAGUUGCGCGAAGGAAUCUUAGGCCUAAACUAUUACAUUUCAAGUCAACCAAUGUACAGUGGUCGCUGCCGUUGGCCAAAAUUCAAAAAAUGAAAAUCAGAUAUUUAUUGUCAAAUGUGUACAAAUGAACUCUUAAGUGGUUAAGCUUAUUAGAAAGCAUAAUAAUCUUGGCUUCAUUCUAACGGCCCACUUCAAAAAUAGAAUCAAAAAAGAGAAAAUGUUGUUAGUUGCUUUUUUUCAGUGGGAUCAGAGAAAAAGUGGAGUAAAAAUAGAAGUCGGGGCCGACUUCAUGAUACCCUACACCACUUUGCAUAUUUAGUAGAGCGUCACUUAACAAAUAAAGGUUUUUAUGGGGAAUUUGUGAGAAUUAAAUCAUACCAACUAUGAUUAUGGUAAUAAUUAAAUGUGCAAAGGAACUAAUAUAUGGGAGGAAUAUCCUCCUCUGAAUGGAUUUCUACUAAGUUUGUCGAGGCAUUUGCGCCUUUUCAAUUCGGGCUUGUAUUAUCCAUUUGGUGCACAAUCAACUUGAAAUUAGAUAGAUAUAUUUGAUUUGGGCUAAUAUUACACGUUAGGUGCACAAUAAAAGGCAAAUCGGACGAAGAUACAUAUUUGAGCCAUAUCCAAAUAUUAACAGAUCUCGAUAAAAUUUAGAAAGGGUAUUUCUGAGUUAUAUUUGAUAUAUUUCCCCAAAUAUUGUUGUUACAGAGUGCAUAUUACGGCUGCGGGGGACAAAAUAACAAAUCGGAUGAACAAUAUAUAUGGGAGCUAUGUAUAAUCUGAACCGAUUUCGAACAAAUUUGGCAUACUUAUUUUCAGGUCCAAAAAUCAUACUAUUUGGGCUGAUAUUACAAGUUUAGUGCGCAAUAUAAGGCAAAUUGAAUGAAUAUAUAUGAGAGCUAUAGCUACAUUUUGACCGAUUAUCUCCAAUUUCAAUAGGGCCUUAAGUCAAACAAAUUAUUUGUGCAAAAUUUAACUUUGAUUUAAUUUUACAUUAAAUUGUUAUUUUAUUUUGUUUACAAAAAAUAAUCAAAUUUGGACUUGAUUUGUAUAAAAAAUGCUUCUAUUUUUGGAGGUACCUUUACAGGGGGACUCUACCUGAAGGCGGGUUGUUCCAAAAAAUUUUCAGUAAGAUUAUUUUUUAACUCCAUAGAACGUAAAAUGUCAAAUAACAUUACAAUCUGGUGUAGAAAUGUGACAAGAAUUGGGCAAAUAACCCUUAUUCGGGAGGUACGUUGUAAGGGGACAAUGCCAAAAACUGCAUCGACCAUAUCCAUUUUGUCACAUUUUUUAUUGUUAUCCCUUCAAGGUACCAUAACCAAAGAUUCAUAUUGAUAACUGCACUGAAAGUAUUUUUGGCCGCUGUUCCCAUACGACCUCGACCACUGUGCAAUGGCUUGAUGAGCGUUAAAAUUAACGUGUGAUUGGUUUUUCUAUAUCUUUCUAGACAAAAUAAAUCCGGCAACUUUCAGUGACACAAAUGUCAAAAUUACUAGAAUUUCUUAUAAAACGAAGAGUAAAACUUGUUACAAAAGAUGUCUGUAAAUAGUGAAACAUUUUCUGUUUUUAACUUUUUCUCGCUUCCUUUAUAUCGUUAUAUCACUUAAGAGCAAUGACAAUUUUGUGAACAAUAUUCGGGCAUAUUCCUAUUCUUGGAUGUCCAAUCUAAUCGUUAUUGUCUGUGAAAAGCAGAAUCUAGCUAAUAAUUGACAGAAAACCAAAGCAAUUUGUUUGUUUUUGUUAAUUCAUACAUACGUUUUUUAAUAUAAAAAUAUACAUACAUAUAUAUAUUUAGAUGAUAUAACAAUGGAUCUCCGAUAAAUAAUGUUAAUUAGUGAAUAACAUAAUCUUACAACUAACAAACAAAACAACAAUAUUUUUAACCCAUGGAAGAAAUGCUAAAGCAAACCCCAAUUAAAAAAAAAAACCUGGUAAAUGAAAUAAAACAAAAACAAUACUGGAACGAAUGAAUAUUAUAUGAAAACUAAAAUAAAACAAAACUAAACUAAACAAAUUCAUUGAAUUUAAUGAAAAGUAUAUUUACGAAAGCAGUAGUCCAAAUAGAAAAUUAUAAAUGAAUAAAAACCAAUGAACAAAUACAUAUUUUGAGUAAAUUUUAAAGGUUUUAAUUUUAAAUAUUUAGCAGAGUCAACUAUAGCUUUCACACUCGACACAAACCUACAAGAGAGAUUUAACAAGAAAUAAAUGAAUUAAAAAAUCAA